AUGGUUGAAAAUGAAGUAUAUAACCAGGAUAUGAGAACAGUGCUUAGAAGGGAACAGCUAGAUGGAAGACCAACGAUUCGUUCAUUUUUUAAUAAGGAUGGUUUGCUAUUAAGAACAUAUGGUUGGAUAGAAAGGAAUGCGAUAGGCAUUAUAUUACUAAUUCAUGGAUUAAAUUCACACACGAGGUUUUCAUUCUUAAGGCAUAAUGUCCAUGUAUUAAAUAAUAAUAGAGCAAUAUUAAUGGACGGAAAUAAUUAUUACAUUUAUAAAGAUAGCUGGAUAGAGCAUUUUAAUAAACAUAGGUAUUCCGUUUUUGGAAUAGAUUUACAAGGACAUGGGGAAUCAGAAGGAUGGGAAAAUUUAAGCCUUAAUGUGAAAAAAUUUGAUGAUUUAGUAUAUGAUGUGCUUGAAUAUAUUCCGAAAAUUCAAGAAGAUAGCAUGCGAUAUUUAAAUAAUGACAGUAACAAUAAUGGUAGCAGUGGCAGUAGUCGUAGGAGUAAUAGGAACAACAGAGGUGGUGACUCCUCUCGUAAUUAUCACAGGGGCAAUAGAAUAGCGACACCUCUUCCAGUUUAUAUAAUUGGUCAAUCUAUGGGCGGAAACGUUGCUCUAAGAACAUUACAGCUAGUUGGAAAAAAUAGGGGGCUUAAUCGAAGACUAAAUAUAAGAGGUUGUGUAUCAUUAUCUGGUAUGGUUGCUAUAGAACCAUUAGGAUUACCGAGCUCAUAUACGUAUAAAUGUUUCUUUAUGCCCUUGUCAAAAAUUUUUUCUGAUUUCUUACCAACAUUAAGAAUUCUAUGCAAACUUCCUUAUAAAAAGUUUCAAUAUAUUCGUGACAUAGGUCGAUAUGACAGAAUGCGUUAUAGAAAUGGUAUAACAUGCAAAUUUGCCUAUGAACUUUUAAGGGCAAUGGAUAAUUUAGACCAUGAUGUGAGAUACAUGCCCAGAGAUAUUCCUAUAUUGUUUAUUCAUUCAGAGAAAGACAGAUUGUGCUAUCCUGAAGGUGUCGUUUCAUUUUAUAAUAGACUAAAUAUUGCUAAUAAGGAACUGCACAUGUUAAAUUAUAUGGAGCAUAUGCUAAGUAUGGAACCAGGAAAUGAAAGGGUCUUAAGUAAAAUUAUGAAUUGGCUUCACAACAUGUCGAGGUCGUAA